AUGAUGAAUUCAAGUGUAAUAAUACCGUCAGGACUAUUUAUAAGGCCAUUAACAUCUCUAGUCAAAAGAGACAUUUCAAUCUUUUCCACAGUCCAAGCAGAAAAUCAGGAUAGGAAUGGGAAUGGAGACAUUGCGACUACUUAUCCCAUUGAUUCCUCUGCUCGGACGAUAAGACAUUUACAGUUUAUCAAAAAGAUUCCAUUCACGAAAGGCAUUUUAAUUCAAGAGAAGAUUGUUAGAGCCCAGUUAGAUAUGAAAGAAUUACAAUCGAAAAUCAAAAAAAGACUUAAUGAAUUACAUGAAGAGCAUGGAGACUCCGCUAGGAUUAAUGACAAUGAAAAAUCAAUCAUCGAUAAUAUACUAUUGAUGAAACCAAACCCAGUGGUCUUAACUUUUGAAUUUGAACCCACGUAUACUGGUGGUAAAAGGAUUAAAAAGACGAUAACUCAAGAACAAGUUGAUAGAUUUGAAAAUUUCCAGCCAACAACCACAACUGAAGAUGUUGUACAACCAUUGAAACCUAAAUUUGUUCAGGUGGAAAGAGGUGGUCAAAUUACAUACCAUGGACCGGGACAAAUGGUGGCGUAUAUUAUAUUGGAUUUGAAAACAUUCCAUAAGUUUCCUGCGAAAUGUCUAGUAUCGACUAUUGAAAAAGCUACUAUGCAAACACUAUAUAACGUUAAAGAUUUACACUUAAGAUCACAAUUGACCCAAAAUACGGGAGUUUGGGUUGAUGAAGAUGACAAAAUUGCAAGUAUCGGAAUACAUGUAAGAAGAUCAAUUACAUCUCAUGGAGUGGCGAUUAAUGUUAAUCCAGAAUUAUUAUAUAUGAAUUCCUUUGAAAUGUGUGGUUUGCCAAAUAAAAGGGCUACAUCAAUUGAGGAACAGAGGGUUUCAAGUGAUAGUAAGAUUGAUGUUCAAGAUGUAGCAGUUGAAUUUGUGAAAAGUCUUGCUAAAUUGUUAGGUAUCAACAAAGUGGAACGAAUGCAAGCAGACGAUAUGCCUGUAUAG